AUGCCUGGUCUGGCUUUUGGAUUGAAUGCUGGCAAGUCGCAGCCUGGUAUAUCCAAACCACAGAAGCGUAAAGCGUUCUUUGACGAGGAGGACGAUGCCUCGGAGCAGAAACCUCCACCUCAAUACGGUGCGAAGAAAACGUCGAAACCAUUGCGGCCGUUGAGCGCCUUUGACGAUGAUGACGAUGACGACAGCAGCUCGCCCGCCAAAGAGGAGCCCAAACAAUACGGACUACAGCCCGCCAAAGGCAAAUCUGCUGCCUCGACGGAGAAGUACACCAACUUGUCCGCGCUGCGAAGUGCCAAACUCCACGAUGAAGAAGCCUCAAAGAUCGAUGCGUCCGUAUAUGAUUACGAUGGUGCCUACGAGACAUUCCACGCGAAGAAAGAAAAGAAAUCAUCCGCCGGUGAACAAGAGUCUGGGCCGAAAUACAUGACAUCCCUUCUCCAGAGCGCCGAGGUCCGCAAGCGGGAUCAACUACGAGCCAAGGAAAAGGCACUACUGCGAGAACGGGAGGCCGAAGGGGACGAAUUCGCGGACAAGGAGAAAUUCGUGACUGGGGCGUACAAGAAACAACAAGAAGAGACGAGACGGUUAGAGGAAGAGGAGAAGAAGCGCGAAGAGGCCGAGGAAGAACGACGGAGGAAGGGUGGUGGCAUGACUGCAUUCCACAAACAAAUGUUGCAGAAGGAUGAAGAGAGAAUGCGUACGAUCAAGGAAGCAGAAGAAGAGGCUGCAAAGAAGAAGGCGGCUGGGGUGGAAGAUGAGGGAGAAACCGAAGAAGAGGUGACCGACAGUAAGCUCGCCGAAGAACUGAACAAGCAAGGCGCAAGGAUCGUGGUGAACGACGAAGGCGAAAUUGUGGAUAAACGGCAACUGCUUUCUGCCGGGUUGAACGCCGCGCCCAAGAAACCUGGUAGAGAAGCUGAAGCGCCAAAGAAGGUCAACGAUGGCAGGCCACAGGAGUAUUGGCGAUCAUCCAAGGCUCAAGAUGCUCGACAAGGACAACGCGAGAGACAGUCGCGGAUGAUGGAGCGGCAGAUCGAAGAGAUGGCGGCCAAACAGAAGGAAGCCGAGACUGAGGAAGAAAAGGCGCAGCAGGAGAAGAACAAGAGCAGGGUCACAGAAGCUGACAAGAUGGGCGCGAAAGAACGGUACCUUCAACGUAAGAAGGAAAGAGAAGAAGAAGCCAGGAAGAAGAAGGAAGCCAGUGGAUGA